UGUAAAAUGGCAAAAUAUCUUCCCUCAACUUCUUCUGAGUCUCUCAAGCCAGAGGAUAACCCAUGGCGUCAAGCUCCUUCGCCGUCCUUCCUCUGCUUAACUAUAAUAGCUCCACGACCAAUAGAUCCUCUUCCUCUUACUCAUCUUCGAUUCGCUUCUUCAACCUCCCCAAAUCGAAACACCGGUCUUCCAGACACUCAAACCCUCGUUCUCCACAGGUUCUUGUCUCCUUGUCAUUGAACCAACUGGCAGAUGAUGACGAAUCCUCCGACGCCGCGCUUUUCCUAGAAUCCAACUCAAUCGCUGAUUACAUGCGGUUCAAGCGCCGCUCCGACGACGGCGACAACGGCUCUAGCGAGCUGCAGACAGCGAUCGUCAGUUACAAGAAACGUUUCCCUUGGAUUCUCCUCAACCCUUUUCUUCAGGUAGAUUUGGUCUCAACGAUUCAUAUUGCUGAUAAAGAGUACUUUACAGCUCUUCAAAAAGAGCUUGAACCAUAUGAUUCUAUCUUGUAUGAGAUGGUGACUAGUAAAGAGUCCUUGGAAAACAGAAGAAACCCAAUUGCUGCCAAGAGGCUCAAGACUUCACGUUCAAGAGGCUUCAGUAUCCUCGGCUUCAUUCAACGGCAGAUGGCAAGGGUGCUGGCCCUCGAUUUUCAGCUAGACUGUCUAGAUUACGAAGCUAAGAACUGGUACCACGCUGAUCUCGAUUUCGAGACCUUCACCUUGCUUCAGAAGGAGAAAGGGGAAAGCUUCUACUCAUUUGCAAGGGACAUGACUAUUAGAUCAACGAAAGCAAUGAUACAACCAGCUUUGGUAACCGAAGGUCUUGAUACUUGGAGGUCAAAGCUUCUAUGGGUGUCACGUGUCUUCCCCAUGCCUCUUGUGGGUCUUUUCCUUAUUGUGGCCUUUUGUGCUGACUUCGAGAAUCAGACGGAAGACUAUCCAGAGCUAGAAGCACUCUCACGGCUUGAUAUUGGUGCUGCCAUGAAGGUCUUCCUCGCUAAGAGAUUAACAUCCGAGCUAACGCAAGGGACAUCAGAGAUAGAGGAGAAAUCAGUAAUCAUCGGCGAGAGAAACCGAGCAGCGACCGAAGCUUUGAAAAGAGCAAUAGAGCAAGGAAGCAAAAGAGUUGCGAUUCUAUACGGAGGAGGACACAUGCCUGACUUGGGGAGAAGGCUUAGAGAAGAGUUUGAUCUUGUUCCUUCUGAGGUGAGAUGGGUAACGGCUUGGUCUAUCAGUAAUCCAGGGGACUUGGAGAUGACUUCGUUUCCGUUUCUGAGGACGUUGGCGGAUGCUCUGCGUUGGCCGCUGAACCGAUACCAGACCUUGGCGUUGCUAAUUUUUUCAACUGUUCUUGCGUUGGAUCUUUGCUUUUGGGAGCUGUUCUUGGAUUCGACCAUUGAUUGGGGUUCACAGAUUGCAGCAGAGUUGUAUCGGUUUGUAGAUAACACAAAGCUUGUGUGACAGCUAUUUGUAAAUUCACACAAUGAUGUACAAACAAUAACUUAAUAGUAUUUAAACAAGCUAAGCCUACUCUGAUACGUUCCAUAUCA